AUGGUUAUGGAUAAUCAUAUUCAGGUUUGUGCUAUAACUGAGACGCAUGUGGAAGCUUCAAAGGUUUAUGAUGUUUGUAAAAAAGUCUGUCGCACUUGGAAUUGGACCGAUAAUGGUAGUUGCUGCACUAAAGGUAUGAGGAUUAUAGUAGGUUGGGAUGCUAAUUUAGUUGAUGUUAUGGUUCUUGAUCAAUUUAACCAAGUAGUCCAUACGCAAGUUGUUUUUAAACCAGACCAGAAAUCUGUAUUCUGCUCUUUCGUUUAUGCUGAGAAUCAUUAUAAAAAUCGAAGACAAUUGUGGGAUAGUUUAAAGGUUCAUCAAGCUUUUGUCCAUGAUAAGCCGUGGGUUGUUUUGGGAGACUUCAAUACGUCGUUGUAUCUGGAGGAUCACUUUACAAGUUCUUUAAGAAUCGAUAUUGGUAUGACGGAAUUUAAAGAUUGUGUGAACAACAUAGAGGUGUUUGAUAUGAAUAGUUCUGGAAUGCAUUAUACCUGGUCGAAUAAACAGCAAAAAGACCGAGUUGUGUAUAAGAAAAUCGAUCGUAUUAUGGGGAAUAUGAAGUUUAUUGACGUUUUUCCGGCUGCCGCGGCUUGUUUCCAUCCGUGGAGAGUCUCUUAUCAUACCCCAUGUAUUCUAGUGUUGCCGAACAUUCAGAGAGACAAACCUAAGCCAUUUAAGUUUGUCAAUCUUUUGACUCGUAAAUUGGGGUUCAUCGAUGUGGUUAAGAAUAUCUGGAGUACCAAGGUGGAUGGGUAUUACAUGUUCCAGGUUAUCAAGAAACUAAAGUUACUUAAAACACCUAUGCGGAAGCUUCUACUCCAACAAGGUAAUAUUCAUGAAAAAGUUAAGAAGGUGAGGAAACAAUUAGAUGAAUGCCAAAAGCUAAUUGAUGCGGACCCGGGAAAUGAGGAGUUAAUGUUGCAGAAUGAGCAUAUUCUCCAAAAUUAUAAGGAAGCGCUGAAUGAUGAAGCUUUAUUUCUUCAACAGAAGUCGAAGGUGGAUUGGAUUUCGUUGGGGGACUCGAACACAAAAUUCUUUCAUAACGUCGUUAAAGCUAAGAACCAUCGAAGUAGAAUCUUUGCAGUUAGGGAUGCUAAUGGAAAUCUGUUUGAAGGUGGUAUGGCUCCGCAAGCGAUGGUGGAUCAUUUUUCGAAUUUUUCGGUAAGGAAACUGUUAGAAGAAUUUGGAAAAUCUGCAGAAAAUUCGAUCAGAUUGAGUUUCCAAAAUUUGCUAGCAAAAUUAACAAUUUCGCAGCAAAUUUAA